AUGCACAGGCUUGGUGCAGUGCAUCCACGCAGCCUCCUGCUGCUGGCGCUGCAGCUGCUGACUCAGCUCCCGUCUGCACACUCAGCUCUCCGGUACCGAGUGGCGGAGGAGGGCCCCCCUGACGUCAAGAUAGGAAACGUGGCCGCAGACCUGGGCCUGACUGCAGGGACAGGCAGUGGGGAUGUGACGUUUGCUCUGGAGAGUGGCUCUGAAUACUUCAAGAUAGACAAUGUGACAGGAGAGCUGACCACGGGCCAAAAGCGCAUAGACCGAGAAAAACUGCCCCAGUGCCAGAUGAUCUUUGAUGAGAAUGAGUGCUUUCUAGACUUUGAAGUGUCAGUGAUUGGGCCUCUCCAGAGCUGGGUUGACCUUUUCGAGGGCAGAGUGGUCAUCACAGACAUCAAUGACAACACUCCUUCCUUUCCCUCACCUGUGCUCCAGCUCUCAGUGGAGGAGAAUCGCCCCAUAGGCACGCUGUACCUCCUGCCCACUGCCACAGACAGAGACUUUGGCAAAAAUGAUGGGGGAAACCCAGCUCGCUCCUCUCAGGCUCUGCUGCGUGUGUCCAUCACUGACGUCAAUGACAACAGCCCCCAGUUUGAGCGACCAACAUAUGAAGCUGAGAUGGCAGAGAACGCCCCUCCUGGUACACCUGUCCUCCAGGUGAGGGCUGCAGACCGGGACAUCGGUGUGAACGGACAGGUGGAGUACGUGUUUGGGGCUGCCACCGAGUCUGUCCGACGUCUGCUCCGUUUGGAUGAAGCGACAGGCUGGCUCAGUGUGCUCCACAGGAUAGACCGAGAGGAAGUGGCCCAGCUCAGGUUCACCGUGACGGCCAGAGACAGAGGUCAGCCCCCACGCACUGACCGCACUACUGUCGUCCUGUCUGUCCGAGACGAAAAUGACAAUGUCCCCAGUGUGGAAAUUAGGAAAAUUGGAAGAAUCCCAGUUCGCGAUGGAGCGGCGUUGGUCCCAGAGAAUGUUCUGGUGGACACUCCUGUAGCUCUGGUGCAGGUGUCCGACAGGGAUCAGGGGGAGAAUGGAGCAGUGACGUGUACAGUGGUGGGAGACGUGCCUUUCACCCUGAAACCAGCUGGAGAGACUGCCCUCCCACCUCUGCCCGCUGAUGAAGCCUUUGACAGAAACAAGAAAAAGUACUUCUUGCACACUUCGGCCUUACUGGACUAUGAGACCACCAAAGAGUACAGCGUUACCAUAGUAGCAGUGGAUUCUGGAAGUCCAAGUCUGUCCAGCAAUAGCUCAUUGAUGGUGCGAGUGGUUGAUAUUAACGAUCACGCCCCAACUUUCGCCCAAAGUGUUGUAGAGGUCCACUUUGCCGAGAACAACUCGCCUGGUGAGCGAGUGCUUACAGUAGUAGCCUCUGAUGCAGACAGUGGCAAGAAUGCAGAGAUUGCUUACUCUCUUGAUUCUGCUGGAAAUGGGCCCUUUUACAUAGACCCCGAUAAUGGGGAUAUCCGUGCUACCGGAAUAUUAGAUCGGGAACAACGAGAAAGAUAUGAACUUCGAGUCAUUGCUAAAGACAAGGGGACCCCUCCUCUGCAAGGAUCAGCCACUGUUGUAGUCCUGAUAACAGAUCGCAAUGACAACGCCCCAAAGUUUGUUCAAGAAAUCUUUACCUUCUACGUCAAGGAAAAUCUUCUGGCUAACAGCCCCGUCGGCAUGGUGACAGUCACCGAUGCAGAUGAAGGCGAAAAUGCUGAACUUAGUCUAUUUGUGGAGAUGGAUGAGGAGGUCCAGAAGUUAGGGGAAAAAGGAGAUGGAGAAGAGAAGGAACAAGAAAUCUUUUCAAUCGAGAACAACACCGGUACUAUCUUUUCAUCCAACUCGUUCGAUCGUGAAAAACUUGCAACAUACACAUUCAGAGUUAAGGCUGUAGAUGGAGGAGAACCACGUCGAACCGCCACAGCCACAGUAUCCUUAUUUGUCACAGACGAGAACGACAACGCCCCUUCAGUCACGUCUCCAGCCAACGAGUCCUACACCCUCCUGCCACCUGCCAGCAGCGCUCGCACCAUCGUGAGAACAGUGUCCGCCACCGAUUCAGACACAGGCCCGAACGCAGACCUCCGCUAUGCCCUGGUCGGGGGAAAUCCCUUCAGGCUUUUCGAGAUCGGCCAUACCAAUGGAGUCAUCACGCUGGCCGAGCCUCUGGAACGGCGCCACAGAGGGCUACACAGGCUGGUGACACUGGCCAACGCCACGCUGGUAGAUACACAGGUGGCCAAGAGUUUGAUGGCGCCUCUGUCACUGGACAUUGCAGGGGACCCAGACAGCGAGCGUGCAUUAGGAAAGCAGAGGCUCAGUGUUGCCAUUGGCGUCCUGGCAGGGGCCGCAGCCGUCAUCCUGGUGAUCCUUCUUGUUGUCACUGCUCGUCAGUGUGGGGCUCAGGGUAAAAACGGUUAUGAAGCAGGUAAAAAGGAGCCGGAGGAGGACUUUUUCAGCCCUCCCGGGUCCCAGCCACAGGGGGUCCGUGGCGGGGGAUCUGAUCGUGGGCGCAAACCUCGACGGGACAAGCGUAAUGGAGCUGGAGCUGGAACAACUGCCGGUGGUGGGAAGUCAGAGCGUUCCAUGUAUAGCGGUAUUGUCACUGUAAAUGGACUGAGACGGCACCCCAAUGAUGAGGACGAGGAGGACUUGAGCAGUGCGAGUGAUCGGCUGGCUGCUCGGUACUGCGCUGUAGAUGGAGAUCCAGGAAGUCCCCGAAUGGGUGGAGGUAGAAGGCACCAGUCUAGUCCAGACUUGGCACGGCACUACAAAUCCAGCUCUCCCCUCCCCGCGGUCAAUCUGCAGCCACAUUCCCCACCGGCUGAGGGCAAGAAACACCAAGCCGUCCAGGAGCUGCCUCCUUCCAACACUUUUGUGGGCAGUGGUGCCUGUGUGGGCAGCGCUGGCUCCAGUAGUAGCAGCAGUGGAGGCAGUGGGAAUGGAGAUGCAAUGUCUCUGGGAUCAGACCAGUGCUCCGAGUACGGCUGCCAGACUGGAAACAAGUACAGCAAACAGGGAGUGUCCGUGUGCGUAAAAUCCCCUGAAGAGCUCUGUCGCACCGAGGACCCGGAGUGA